AUGGAUAAAGUACAAUGGGACAGAUUGAUGAGUAUUGAUUCAUCAACUACAAAUCAAUUACAAGAUUCAAAUCUUAUCGAUCAACUUAAACAUCGAGUAACAUUUAUUAAAUUUAAAUCUAGUGGUCGUACAUAUUCACGUAUUUAUUAUCUUAAUCUAUCGGAAGAUGCAAUUCAUUAUCUAGGAUCAAGACAUAAAUCUAAACGUGAAGCAUGUAAAAUAAAAGAUAUUGAACAAAUUCGUCAAGGUUUUACAACUGCUGUUUGGAAAAAAUGUUUAGAAAAAAGAAAAAUUACACGUGAUAAAGAAAAUUUAGUUUUUUCAAUUCUUUAUGAUAAUAAUCGACAUUCUCUUGAUUUACUUGCUGAAACAGAAAAUAUACGUUCACAAUGGAUUCAAGGUUUAGAAUAUUUAAUCAAGCGUUAUCGAUCUCAUAUAAAAUCACAUCAUGAAAUAACAAAUCAAUGGAUUUGGUAUUUAUUUUCACAAGCCGAUCGUGAUCAUUCUGGACACUUAAAUCGUAGAGAAGCUCGUCGACUUCUAUCGACACUUAAUAUCGAAUUAGAUGAACGAGAUUUUGAUAUAUAUUUUAAUGAAGCAAAUAUUCGUAGAACUAAUUAUGAAGAAUUCAGUACUUUAGAUAAAGAUGAAUUUUUAAUAUUUUAUGAAUUUAUAUCACAUCGACCAGAAUUACUUCAAAUUAUUUGCAAAUUUAAUGGUAGUACUACAGAACAAACAACAAAAACAUUUACUGAUUAUAAUAGUAUUUAUAAAUUACCUCAUUUACAUCCAGUUGAACAGCCUCAUGAUUCUUCGUCGAUCAAUUUUAAAAAUUCCAAAACUAAAAAUACUUCAUUAAGUGUUCGACGAAAACGAUCACCAUCAAUUACAUCAGAACAUAAUGCUUCAUCAUCUGAUGAUACUGAUAAAAAGAAUUAUCUUACUAUUGAACAAUUAAAAGAUUUUCUAGAAAAAGAACAACAUAUGGAAGCAUUAUCAAUUGAAGAUUGUUCAAAAUUAAUUGCUAAAUUUGAACCAUCUUUAGAAGGAAAAAAAUAUGAAGAAAUGGGUAUUGAUGGUCUUCGUUUACUUUUACUUCAUGAUGAAUUUUGUAUUAUGAAUCCAAAUAAAUCUUAUCGAAUUUAUCAAGAUAUGACACAACCAUUGACUGAUUAUUUUAUUGCUACAUCCCAUAAUACAUAUAUUCGUGAUAAUCAAGUCUAUGGUGAUUGUACACCUGAAACUUAUAUUCAUGCAUUAAGAACUGGUUGUCGAGCUGUUGAAAUGGAUUGUUAUGAUGGUGAUAAUAUGGAACCAAUUGUUUAUCAUGGUAAUACAUUAACAAAACCAAUACCAUUUCGAGAAAUUAUUCUUGCUAUUAAAACUGAAGCAUUUACUACUUCACCAUAUCCACUUUUUUUCAAUAUUGAAAAUCAUUGUUCAUAUGAACAACAAGGUGUUAUGGCUCGUCUUUUGAAAAAUACUUUUAAAGAUCAUCUAUUGUCUAAACCAUUAGUAGAUGAUUAUGAAAAAUUACCAUCACCAGAAGAACUUAAAUAUAAAGUGAUUAUUAGGAGUCGUCGAUAUCCAAAAGGAAAAAUUGCAGCUGAUCCAAAAUCUGAUCGAAGUAAUGAUGAAACAGAACCAAAUCCAAAAGAUUAUCAUCCUGAUUUUUCAAAUUUAAUUAUCUAUUCUCAAAUUGUUUCUUUUAUGAAUAUAAUACAUACAAUAUAUACACAAAAAUGUUUUCAUUCAAUAUCAUUCAAAGAAUCAAAAGCAGAUGAUUUAAUUAAUCAACCAUCACCUGAACAUCUUGAUCUAAUUAAAUUAACAAAACAACAUAUGGUACGUGUUUAUCCCGGUACAAAACGACAAGAUUCAAGUAAUAUAGAUCCAGUUGACUAUUGGACUUAUGGUGUACAAAUGGUUGCACUUAAUUAUCAAGCAAAUGAUAAAGCUAUGUGUAUACAACGUGCAUUCUUCAGUGAUAAUGGUGGUUGUGGUUAUCUUCUUAAACCAUCAUUUUUAUUAUCAGAUAAUCAAUUAUUUGAUCCAAAAGAUAAUAAUCAUAAAAAAGGCAAACAUAUACAAAUACAUAUUAUUAGUGGACAACAUUUACCUAAAGAAAAGAAUCAUAUUGAACAUACAGAUAUUGUUGAUCCUUAUGUAACAGUUAUUACCUAUGGUAUUAAAUCUGAUUGUACUGAACAUAAUACACCAUCAGUUCGUAAUAAUGGUCUUAAUCCAAUAUGGGAUUAUAAAAUAAAUUUAGAUAUUUUUUGUCCAGAAUUAUGUCUUAUUCUAUUUCAAGUACGUGAUAAAGAUCGAUAUGGUCCUUCAACAUUUCUUGGACAAGCUUGUGUACCAUUUACAGCACUUCAACUUGGUUAUCGACAUAUUAAAUUGAAAGCUAAAGAUGGAGAUUAUAUUCAAGGAACAAUAUUUGUUCAUAUUAAAAUUGAAGAUUUUUGA